AAAGAAAAUUUAAGAAGAAAACUCAAACUAGAUUCUUCAUAUAUACAUAAUAUGAUGAAUCAAGAUGACCAUCUUACAAGUAAAGGUGAAGGAUCAAUGUCUAGCUUCUCCGGGACGACCGCUACUUCUUCAAAACAAAACUACGUUAAUAAUACCGUGACGACGGCCGGGGUGAAAUCAUUGGAAGACGACGAUGCUUCACUAUCUCUUCUAUACAAUCUCUCUACCUUACAAGACAAAGUCCAUCAGACCCAAUCUCUGGUGAGCUUCUACAUGAUAUCUACUAAUAACAUUAACCAAUCUUCGGGGUCAACGUCUUUGGCAGUGGCUAACAUCGGAAGUUUGGUUCAAGAAAUCAUCACGGCUGCUUCUUCCAUGCUGUUCACUUGCCAACAACUCAACAUCGGAUCUAACAACAACAAUGAUAACGAUCAAACCGCAGAUCAUGCAAUGGUUUUGGAAUUUUCCCGACAGGAAACCGAGCCAGGUCAUAAUUUUGUACAAGAAUCGACCAACCUUUUUGGUGUUCAAGAAAGAGGGCAGAUCUCGUUUCCUGACCAGAACCUUGAGUGGUUCGGCACCCAAACCCUAAACCCUAAAAAAGAAUAUCAUCGUUCUAAACAAAGAUCCGGGAACUACGAGAUAUUGGAGUUAGACGUAGCAGACCUACUAGCAAAAUACACGCAUUACUGCCAGAUUUGUGGGAAAGGGUUUAAGAGAGACGCGAAUCUAAGGAUGCAUAUGAGAGCGCACGGGGAUGAGUACAAGACACGGGAGGCGUUGAUCAGCCCAAUUAGCCAAGACAAGAAAGGAGACUACUCGUUAAAGAAACAUUACUACUCGUGCCCUCAACAAGGGUGUAGAUGGAACCAGAGGCACGAGAAGUUUCAGCCGUUGAAAUCUGUGAUCUGCGCCAAGAAUCAUUACAAGAGGAGUCAUUGUCCUAAAAUGUACAUGUGCAGGAGAUGCAGCGUGAAACAUUUCUCGGUUCUGUCUGAUCUUAGGACGCACGAGAAGCAUUGUGGGGAUAUAAAAUGGGUUUGCUCUUGUGGUACUAGAUUCUCUAGGAAAGACAAGCUUAUGAGCCACGUUUCUUUGUUCUUGGGCCACGUACCGGCACAUGGGUCGUCAGCUCCGACGACCACCAUAAAGAGAUCAUAGGAAACUAAGGAAAGUACGAAAAGAGAUGAUUUGUGCAUUCAAACUCUUUUCUUUUUCAUUUUCUUUUUUUCACGAGUUUCUAUAUAUAUCCUCUUAAGUUUAAUGUCAAAGAGAUAAAAUAUUCAAAGACGUAUCACAGUAACUGCUUGUGCACUAACGUUAAUGUUAUAAAAGAUUUUGGUUCCAAUGGGAACGUAAUUAUAAUG